ACACUCUUCACAGAGAUGGACACACUGCAGCAUGAUGGUGAGGAGAUGGAAUGGAAAGAGUCAGCCAGGUGGAUAAAGUUUGAAGAAAAGGUUGAGGAAGGCGGGGAAAGGUGGAGCAAGCCCCAUGUGUCCACAUUGUCUUUGCACAGCCUGUUUGAGCUGCGGACUUGUCUACAGACAGGAACAGUGCUCCUGGACCUAGAUGGCUACUCUUUACCCCAGAUCAUAGACGAUGUCAUUGAGAAGCAGAUUGAGGAUGGUCUGCUCAAACCUGAGCUGCGGGAAAAGAUAAGCUAUGUGCUCCUCAGGAAGCACCGUCACCAAACCAAGAAGCCAAUCCAUAGGUCCUUGGCUGACAUCGGCAAGUCUGUCUCCUCUAACACAAACCGCAGCCCUGUCCGGAGCCCAGCUGCUGGCACCACCUUCCACCGCUCCACUGAGGACCUGAGGAUGCGGCAGAGCACAAGCUACGGACGCCUGCGCCAUGCACAAAGUCGAAGCAUGAAUGAUAUCUCAGACACACCAAGCACCGACCAGCUGAAGAACAAGUUCAUCAAGAAGAUCCCCAAGGAUGCAGAGGCCUCCAAUGUGCUGGUAGGAGAAGUUGAAUUCCUAGAGAAACCCUUUGUGGCUUUUGUGCGGCUCCUCCAGGCAACAAUGCUAGGAGGUGUGACAGAGGUGCCCGUCCCCACCAGAUUCCUCUUUAUUCUCCUGGGCCCUGCAGGAAAAGCCAAAUCCUACAACGAGAUUGGCAGAGCCAUUGCAACCCUCAUGGUGGAUGAUCUCUUCAGCGAUGUUGCCUACAAAGCCCGGGACAGAGAAGACCUGAUUGCCGGCAUAGAUGAAUUUCUGGAUGAAGUCAUCGUUCUGCCACCUGGCGAGUGGGACCCCAACAUUAGGAUUGAACCACCAAAAAAAGUGCCCUCAGCUGAGAAGAGGAAAUCAGUUUUCUCACUGAACGAAGUGGGGCAGAUGAACGGCACAGCUGGUGGGGCAGGUGCUGAGAGCGGUGGAGGAGGCAGUGAUGAUGGAGAGAUGCCUGAAGUGCAUGAAAUCGGGGAAGAGCUUGCAUGGACUGGCAGGUUUUGUGGUGGCCUCUAUUUGGAUAUCAAAAGGAAGCUGCCCUGGUUCCCAAGUGACUUCUAUGAAGGUUUUCAUAUCCAGUCCAUCUCUGCCAUUUUGUUCAUCUACCUGGGCUGCAUCACCAAUGCCAUCACAUUCGGGGGCUUGCUUGGAGAUGCUACGGACAACUACCAGGGCGUCAUGGAGAGCUUCCUUGGCACAGCAAUGGCGGGCUCCAUGUUUUGUCUCUUCGCUGGGCAGCCACUCAUUAUCCUCAGCAGCACCGGCCCCAUCCUCAUAUUCGAGAAGCUGCUCUUUGACUUCAGCAAAGGCAACGGCAUCGACUACAUGGAGUUUCGCCUCUGGAUCGGCUUGCACUCUGCUCUACAGUGCCUUAUCCUGGUGGCCACUGAUGCCAGCUUCAUUAUAAAGUACAUCACACGCUUCACAGAGGAAGGCUUCUCCACCCUCAUCAGCUUCAUCUUCAUCUAUGAUGCCAUCAAGAAGAUGAUAGGAGCCUUUAAGUACUACCCCAUCAAUUCGGACUUCAAGCCAGACUAUGUGACCAUGUACAAGUGCGAGUGUGUUGCUCCUGACCCAGCCAACAUGACAUUGUUCGAUGCUUCAGCUCCAGUAGCACCAAACACCACUAACAUUUCUCUGUACAAUACUAUUAACCUAACAGCUCUGGAUUGGACUCAGCUGAGUAAGAAGGAGUGUCUCAAGUACGGUGGCAGCUUAGUGGGGAAAUCCUGUAAAUUUGUGCCUGACCUGGCCCUCAUGUCCUUCAUCCUCUUCUUCGGGACCUACUCCAUGACAUUGACCCUGAAGAAAUUCAAAUUCAGCCGCUACUUCCCCACCAAGGUCAGGGCCUUCAUUGCUGAUUUUUCCAAUGUCUUCUCCAUCCUGCUGUUCUGUGCUGUGGAUGCCUGUUUCGGACUGGACACCCCAAAGCUGCAUAUUCCCAGUAUCAUCAAGCCCACUCGUGUGGACCGAGGGUGGUUCGUGUUUCCCUUUGGGAAGAACCCAUGGUGGGUAUACCUUGCAAGUGCACUGCCUGCCCUUCUCGUCACCAUCCUCAUCUUCAUGGACCAGCAGAUCACAGCCGUCAUCGUCAACAGGAAGGAGCACAAAUUACGGAAAGCAGCGGGUUACCACCUCGACCUGUUCUGGGUUGGCAUCCUCAUGGCUGUGUGCUCCUUCAUGGGGCUGCCCUGGUACGUGGCAGCCACCGUCAUCUCCAUCGCUCACAUCGACAGCUUGAAGAUGGAGACAGAGACCAGUGCCCCAGGGGAGCAGCCCCAGUUCCUGGGUGUCAGGGAGCAGAGAGUGACAGGCAUCAUCGUAUUUGUGCUUACGGGGAUUUCCGUCUUCCUUGCCCCGAUUCUGAAGUACAUUCCCAUGCCAGUGCUGUAUGGCGUCUUUCUGUACAUGGGCGUUGCAUCACUGAAUGGCAUCCAGUUUUGGGACCGCUGCAAGCUCUUCCUCAUGCCAGCCAAGCACCAGCCCGACUAUGUCUUCCUUCGGCAUGUGCCACUGCGCCGCAUCCACCUCUUCACUCUGGUGCAGAUUGUCUGCCUGGCUGUGCUCUGGAUCCUCAAAUCCACCGUGGCUGCAAUCAUCUUCCCUGUCAUGAUUUUAGCCCUGAUCCUGGUGAGGCGACUGCUAGAUUUUGUCUUCUCCCAACAUGACCUGGCCUGGAUUGACAACAUCAUCCCUGAGAAGGAAAAGAAGAAAGAGGAUGACAAGAAGAAGAAGAAAAAAGGCAACAAAGGGGACAGCAGCAGUGACGAGGAGUUCCCAUCUCCCUCAGUCAUAAAGAUCCCCAUGGAGCCCCUUCCACCAGCAUCCCAAAAUGGGGGUCCCCAUUGCCUCAGCUGA